UGUUAUUUAAUUUUAAUAAUUUACACUUGAUUGCCAGUAUGGGCAGUUAAUCCCUACUUGGGUUAUAAGCGAUGCUGCGCCUCUAGAAAGAGGAAAUAACGAAAACUGAAAGCAAGUGUGAAUUGUUUGACAUAAGGUGAUCAACGCGAUUGUGUAGAUAUGGUUAGCAAACGAAUACGAAUUUCAAAGAACAUUUAAAAGAUUGCGACUUACGAUAAAAGCCAAGUGAAUGUUAUUAAAAUAUCUCAUUUUCCUUAAGAGAGAUAAGCGAUUGACACCUCUAAUGCUGAUUGCGUAUUAAAUAAACAUUUUUUUUAACAAUGGUUAUUAAUUGUCCAAAUAAAGAAAAAGAUUUUGAGGGGAAUGAGCAAAUGCUUAAAGAAGAUGUAACGCGAAAAUCUGGUGAUAAUGAAAAAAAAAUAUUUUCAACUUUCUCCGAGAAACACCGGUACGGUAAAGUGAGAAAAUUAUUAAGCAAUCGUAUACGUAUACUUACCUGGAUUCAUCGUUACAAUUGGCAAUGGUUUGUUAAUGAUUUCAUAGCUGGCAUCACUUUGGGCCUUACUAUUAUACCAGAAAGUAUAGCUUGCGCUCUAUUAGCCGGCCUACCGGCGCGGUAUGGCUUAUGUUCAGCUUUUAUUGGUUCAUUUAUUUACCUAGUUUGCGGUUCUAUUGACACAGUUAUUAUGGGACCCACCAGCUUAGUGGCCCUAGUGAGUGUACAAUUCACUGUAGGCAAACCGAUUGAGUUCGCCUUUAUUCUGACAUUUUUAAGCGGCAUCGUUCAACUAAUAAUGGGUUGCCUGGGUAUGGGAUAUAUAUUCGAAUUUAUUUCGAUGCCUGUUAUCAAAGCUUUUUCUUCAGCUACGGCUAUACUGGUUAUGGAAUCUCAAAUCAAGGUUCUACUGGGCAUAAAGUACUUAGUAGCCGGUUUAAUCGAAUCCAUGAAAACUCUACUGAAUCGUUAUCAAGAAGCUAAUUACGCUGAUUUUGUGAUGGGUCUUUGUGCAAUAAUAUUUCUUAUAAUAUUUGAGUCAUUUGAAAAAUUCUCAAAGCGUUCAAGUAGCAAUAAAGUGGUCCGUUUAUUAUUUCGUUACCUGUCAUUUUCACGCAACACGCUGAUAGUAGUAAUUACUGCUACUAUCUCGUAUAUAUCGUUGCUGCACAACUGUCAUAUACCGUACACGUUGAGUAAAAAUGCUUUGUCGGGCUUACCUAAUGUCACGCUACCGCAGUUCAUUGUUGAAACUCCCGAGGAAACAUAUACAUUUUGGCGGAUUUUAACGGAAUUGAAUGUCGGAGUCUUUGUAAUACCAAUAAUCGGCAUAUUAACAAAUAUAUCUAUAGGAAAAUUGACUCCCAAGGGCUUGGUGGACACCAAUCAAGAGCUGUUAACAGUGGGUCUGUGCAACGUUGCGGGUUCUUGUGUUCAAUCGAUGCCUACUUCAGGAGCCUUCACACGUUAUGCCAUAAGCAAAGCUUGCGGUUUGUGUACACCUCUCGCUAACUUGUAUUCUGGGGUGAUUGUUUUAUUAGCUUUAAGCUAUUUAAGCCCCUACUUUAAUUUCAUACCCGAAGCCACUUUGGCCGCCAUAUUAAUAUGCUCCCUAUUUACUUUGCUCGAUUUCAAAUUACCCUGGCGUCUGUGGCAUGACUCUAAACGCGAUUUUAUCGUAUGGCUGGUAUGUUUUGUGGUUUGCAUUGUCAGCGGUGUGGAGGUGGGUUUAUUUGCUAGCAUUAUCAUCAAUGUUUUGCACUUGUUGUACUUGUGGGCACGACCUGAAAUAGCGGUGAAAAUUCAAGAGAUCGAUGAUAUGCAAUACAUAUGUGUUACGCCAGGCAAUGCCAUUUACUUUCCUGCCAUCAAUCAUUUACGUGACAAAGUACUCAAGGCCACCGCUCAGUCAAAACAACGUAUACCCGUAGUUAUCGACUGCCACAAAAUCAGCGGUCUCGACUUUACAGCAGCACAAGGUUUUGUAAAACUCGCUGGUGGCCUAAGGCAUGACACAACUGAACCCGAUGUCGCACAUGACAGCAGCAGUUGCCAAUCUGACAAUGGCGCUGAUGGCUUCGCAGGUGAUACUUUACUUAUAUUAUAUCGUAUGCAAGUUCAUUUGCAAAAAUUGAUUGACAACGCAGGGAACUUGGUAUUUUGCGAUAGUGAGGAGAAAAUACGAGAAUUCCUUACACAAGAAUCGUUGCGUAAUGGUUUCAUUAAUCUUAAAGAGCAUAUAAGAGCUUCGAUCGAUUUAGGCUAUAAAAUUGAAAUUGAAUGA